AGAUGCUCACGCUGCUUGUCUCGUGUGUGAAAAUGGAAGAAUUGUGUUCAAAGCAACAAGCAAAUGAGGAAGAAAUGGAUAUCCCCCGCCGGAAGAAAUUCUUCUCCGCGUUGCGUUAUUCUUUCUAUUAAAAACCAAGAAUCCCGAAGGAAAGAAACAGGAAACUAAUGGCAGAUCUUACCACUUGCGACCGGGAUGUUUCAGAUACACCACCAACUCAUUACAUCGUGAAACUCCGGUCAUUCUCUCUGCUUGCAAAGAAUGACGUCGAGAAAUACACCUCCGCUGAUUUUGAAGCUGGAGGCUACACAUGGAAGUUGGCCAUUUACCCAAAUGGAAAUAAAACCAAAGGGGUAGCUGAUUACAUGUCCGUGUACGUGGUGAUGGCACGAGAAAACUUCCUUCAUCCUGGGUUGGAAGUUCAUGCAGUUUUUAGAAUGUUCUUGCUUGAUCAGAACAGGGAUAACUACCUAACUCUCCAAGGAAAAGCAAGACGUUUUCACAAGAUGAAGCUUGAAUGGGGAUUUGACAGACUCGUGCAUCUGAAAACAUUUAAUGAUCCUUCUAAUGGAUAUCUUGUCAAUGACACGUGCAUUUUAGGGGUAGAAAUAUACGUGUGCAAGGAAACUUAUGCUGGAGCUAAAGGGGAGAGUCUAUUGAUGAUCAAGGACGCUGUAAGCCACAAAAGUACCUGGAAGAUUGAUAGUUUCUCUAUUUUAUAUGAUUCAUCUAAUUUAGAAGCAUCCAAUUCAUUUAACGCAGGGGAACAAAAAUGGAAGAUACAGUUGUAUCCGAAGGGAAAAGGCAGUGGCACAGGAAGUCAUAUCUUAUCUUACAUAUAUAUAAGAACCUAAGAUUUCUACUCUCAGGUUCAGCCACGUGGUGAGAUGAGGGGAGGGGGAAAAUUUUUUUUCCGUUUAUGCCCUGAAAAUAUUGAUUGGUUCUCCAACAGUGUAUCACUAUUGAGGUCAUUUUUAUCUUUUUACAUGAAA